ACAAUAUACAAUGCAAAAUGGCAAUGACUAGAUAAAAUGGUUAAAUCAUUGUCGGUAGGUGAAUGGAUUCUAGGAAAACAAACAGUGUAGGCAUGCCAGCGGCAAGUUUCAUUCGCAUCGACAUGCCAGUUUGUUAGCAGACCGUAGUAGUGACGGAGGGCUCGUAUCUACUCGCUCCGGGCUCUGACGAGUCGUGUGUAGAAUAUAGACGCGGUGCCGACUGUUGACUCAGUUGUUAGCUGUCGCUCGACAUAGUCGGCUGUCUUGUACGGUUACAAGCGCGCUAUUUCUUUAAACUCGUUUAUUUUAUUUAAAAUAUUUGUUCAUUCAUUCAGUUCACGGUACCGUUCAUUGACGGACAUUGCCCAACACUAGUUAGCGUCAAAUUUUAUGUGAAGUGACGUUUCGGGAUUUGAAUUUUUUGAAAGUUGCGUGCAAGCCACUUUACAAAGUUACUUUGGUGAAAAAAUUAUGGAAGUGAAUGCCUCUUGGAAUUUGUGCUGUGUGUUUUUAUUGUGAUAAACCGUGGCCUCUGGAGAGGAGAGUAGCGGAGCCCGCGGCGCGCCGUGUAGCGCUAAUAGUGCUAUACAACAAAUGUGUUUGCUGGAGAAACGAAAGGCCAGCAUCAGUCCUUUAGACAUGACUUUGGCAGCCAGAUAUCCACAAUAUGCAACAGAAGUGGCACUGCCCCUCGGUUGGCCCGGCGUGUGCUGCCCCAACUGUCGGCAGCAGCUGCUGCUGGGCUGCAAGGGCCACUACCCCGCGUACGCCACGCCCACCUCCCCCCUCUACCCGGCCCCCUACAACGAGGAGCUGAAGAGGCUAGCUGAUACCGUCAAGGCGCUGAGGUUGUCCGGGUGGUACUAUGGGAAUCUUGAUUGGCAGGGAGCGAGAAAUCUUCUCAAAGAAGCUAGUGUGGGCGCGUUCGUGGUCCGGGACUCGGGCGAUAGGAACUUCAUAUUCUCACUGUCGGUGCAGACGGAAAGAGGCCCCACCUCUGUUAGGCUACAUUUUGAAUGUGGCUUCUUUAGGCUGGACUGCGAGAAGCCCCUGGCGCGCUACAUGCCGCGGUUCCGCUGCGUGGCGGAGCUGGUGCAGCACUACGCGCGCUCGGGCCGCGCCGCCGCCGGCGCCGUGUGGGUGGACCGCGCCGGCGCGCCGCACUCCGCCGUUCUGCUGAGGACGCCGCGCCGCAGCGCGCCGCCCAGCCUGCUGCACUGCGCGAGGCUAGCCAUACAUAGAGCGCUGGAUUCUGACCCUAGAUCGCCUAAACUAUGGAGCGCGCCAAAACACCGGCUCCUGCCGCUGCCGACGACGCUCCUAGACUACCUCGGCGAGUACCCCUACUCGAUCUAGCACGUCUGUAUCUAGACUAGAUAGAUUAAACCUAGGUCUAAAGUGACUUCAAAAUCAUGUACUGCCUCUGACGCGCGUGGCUACAGCCCAAUAUCAACCUUAAUUAUAUUCCGAUAAGGUUCACAAUAACGCGUCGCGCACGAUAGCUUAUUGUGCCUAUGAUAGCUGUAACUCCGGUACAAUUUUAGAUUAAAGUCACUGUAUCAGAUUGAUAGCCAAGGCUCGAAAAUACAGCCGUCAUUUUGCAAACAUAACCAUAAUUUUAGACCCAUUUAUGAGUCGAAUAUGUUCGUUCACAGUCUAUGGACGUCAUGCGUUGACAUUGGUAUGAAGUAUCUGUUGUACAGUCCCUGCAAUAAUGUUACUCUUUGAAGGCCGCUAAAAUAUGUGACACGCUCUUAUGACUACAAAUAAGAUCGUGUCAGAUAUUUCUCCGUUCUGUAACAUAUGCGGUCUCCGUUGUGUAACAUAUUGCAGGUACGGAACAGGAUUAUGUUUUAUCAGAGCCUUGUUGUUACUGCCAAAGGCAUAAUAAGAUGAGAAACUCUAGAUUCUUUAGCAGUUAGUUCAUAACUUAAUGUGCAUACAUUUUAACAUUUGGAACAACUUUCUUAACUUUGUAAACUCUUGUAGUAGCGCCGGACGCCCUACGAUCACAAAAUUGAAGUCACUUUACACCCGGGUACCUUUUCCUUUGUAAGCACAGGUUGCUAAGGCAGGGACCUUUUACCGAUUUUAAUUUAUGUAUUAUAAUAUAGGACUAGGGACUCAACUAUGGUAUUUAGCGGAAAAUCUGCAUAUUAUUUAAUUAAGUACUGUUUGUAUAUAAAGAUUUGUUUGUAAGACUGAUAUUGAGAGCAUCUACUUCAGCGCUUGUUUA